AAACGACGAUGCUCCAAACGCUCCCAAUGCUUUCUUUUUUUCUUUUUUAAGUGCCAGUUUUAGGUACCAUUCGUUAUUACCUAACGGCUUUGGCCACAUGCCGUCGUCUACAUGUCCCCUGCGACUAUUCUUCGCAAUGUUUUGCGAGUCCUUAUCCCGCUCUGCAUAGCUUCAACUGUUUAUUUAUAUCUUUAUCCAGUUUUUCUAGGAUGUGCGUUUCCGCUUCCGCCACAAGAGGCUGGCAAGACCGAACCUGAGAGCUCUGCUACCGCCUUUCAACAUACGCUGCGACAGCAUGUUGCCCCGUCGAAAAGUGCAGCUCCGUUCCGACUCCUAGCACUCGGCGAUCCACAGCUCGAAGGCGACACAUCUAUCAGGAAUUACAACCGCGAAUCAUUCCCUCACCUGACCUGGGCUAUCCGCCACCUUACUUACAAGACCGACCAACCGUCUCUACGUAGACGUCUGCGACAGGUUGUUCAUGAUCUUGUAGAUGUAUUUUUCGACGAUCUUUUCGAUACGGCCGAGUCGAUACGCAAACGCAUAGAUUUAUUCGGAAACGACUUCUACCUCGCCCAUAUUUAUCGAACGCUACAAUGGUGGGCCAAACCCACCCAUGUCACCGUGCUCGGUGAUUUGCUAGGAAGCCAAUGGAUCCGAGCUCCUGAAUUCAACCGGAGAAGUUCGAGAUUCUGGAACCGUUCGUUCAAAGGGGGUGAACGUGUCCCCGACGAGGUUGCGGCGUACCCUGCGGAGGAAUACGAACUGGCUGGGUUACUCGGCGUCGAGGACGAAAACGCGGCGGCUUGGCGGCGUAGGAUCAUUAACGUCGCAGGUAACCACGAUAUUGGAUAUGCGGGCGACUUGACUUUCGAGCGACUAGAACGAUUCGAACGUGCGUUUGGCAAAGCAGCCUAUGAGUUACGAUUCGAACUUCCUAUUUCCGAUCCAGCGACGAACGCGACUAUAUACGAUCCUGAAAGCAACCCAGACUCCGAUCGUUUGCCCCCUGAGCUUCGAAUCGUUAAUGUCAAUAACAUGAACCUUGAUACUCCGGCCUUCGACCAAAGUCUCCAGGACAAGACGUAUACCUUUGUGAAUGACGUUAUCAACACUGCCUCCGCUGUCGAAUUUGCGGGGCAUUUCACGGUGGUUCUAACACACAUUCCAUUAUACAAACCCGAAGGAAUCUGCGUCGAUGCUCCCUAUUUUAGUUUUCACUCUGGUGGUGGCGUCAAGGAACAGAAUCAACUCUCGGCCGACGCAUCCCGUGGGUUUCUAGAAGGUAUCUUUGGAUUGAACGGUGACCCUAGUGCACCAGGACAGGGUAGAGGUCGGAGGGGUGUUGUUUUGAAUGGGCACGAUCACGAGGGCUGCGAUACGUAUCAUUACAUCAAUCAAACGGAGGGCGAGGAGCGGCAAUGGAAAAAUACUUUAUGGGAGACUGCGAAGACUGACAAAUAUCUCGGAAACCCGGACAUUCCAGGAUUGAGGGAGAUCACUGUCCGGAGUAUGAUGGGUGGAUUCGGAGGCAAUGCCGGAUUGCUUAGUGUGUGGUUUGACGAAAACGACUGGGAGUGGAGGUUCGAGUUUGCGAAUUGCGCUUUGGGCACCCAGUAUCCCUGGUGGUUCGUCCAUAUAAUCGAUCUCAUCGCCGUCGUCGUGCUUGUGCUUUACGGCAUCUUACAGGUGGCCGCUGCUGCGGGUUUCGAUUUCGAGAAGCGACCGAAGGUUUCUGUGCCCAAGAUCGAAAUUAGCGAGCACAUCGACGAGAUCCCCGACGAGAAACCCGCUCCCGUCAGCAACGGCGAUACUAAGAAGGGAUAGGUUCCCUUGUACGACCUGCGGCAGACUUACAGCACGGAAGUGUCACGAAUCACGAAUACUUGUACUAAUAUGAAGUAUAGACUAGGAUCCCAACGGAUUGUUAAUUAGAGCUCAAACAUUAUUAUACGCAGCGUUUUCGCAAUCUUGAUAUAUCUCAUACGAUCUAUGCGAUAUUAUUUGAUGAAGAUGAAAUAUUUGACAGCUUUUAUUAACUUGAUACAUAUAUGCAAUUUUACAGCACUUUUAUAACUUAAAAUCGAGAACCACGACAUCGACCUGGGCGUGAGAGUCUAAAUCUGACCCGUUGCUAGAUCGCGUGAACACAGACAAUAUAUUAUCAUACUGCAACCUCGUGGUAUCGACCAAUGGCUC